AUGGCAACAACAGCUGAAAAUCAAGUUCUUAUUAUUGGAGGUGGUCUUGCUGGUCUUGCACUUGGCAAUGUGCUUCAACAUCAUGGUAUCCCUUACACGGUGUUUGAACGCGAAAGUUCUCCCAAUGAUCGUUUACAAGGCUGGUCUUUGAGUAUGCAUUUUGUAUUGCCCAGACUCGCUGAAUUGAUCGACCCUGCAAAGUGGGCCGAAUUUGGUCCUCGUACAGCUGUCAAUCCUCAAGACCCACACAAUGUCUCCUUUGCGCUGAUUGAUGGUGUUAGCGGCAAGCCUUUUAUGCAACGUGGUGGACCUAAUCUUGGCGCUGGUGUAUAUCGUGUCAACCGAAAACGACUUCGAGACUGGUUAUCGGAAGGCAUCAAUGUCGUUUGGGGAAAGCAGUUUGAUCACUACACUACUACUACAGAAGAACAAGAUGGCGGUGUCAAGGCAGUGUUCAAGGAUGGUACUGAAGUAAGGGGUCGCUUGUUGAUUGGUGUGGAUGGAUCCAACUCGGCUGUGGCACAGCAAAAGCUUGGCACAAAGUUGUAUGAUGAAUGCACCAGCACGCAUCCUGUCAAAGCAUUGGGCACACAAACCAUCAUUGAUGCGGAGUUACGCAAGAAAAUCGAGGAGAUGUCUUCAGCUUUCAUGAUUGCCUUUGGACAAAAUCCUCCCUCGGGUGGCCCUAUGCCCUGUUUCUUUUCUUCGUUGAAUGAUGUUAUCAGCGACAAUGAAUUUUCCAUGCAAUGGAGUGUCUCGACUUUGGAUGAAGAUUUCAAGAUUGCUGAUACCGAUGCUGAACGUCUUCAACAAGCCAAGGAUCUCGUACGGAAAGGAAAUUUCUCUGGCCCUAUUGCGGAGAUGGCUCUCAACACAAAAGACGAUACACCUACUCUCGGCUUAAGAAUACGUGAACGUGCACCUCCAGAAGACCUUGGUUCUAUUUCCCCAGACAAUGUGGUUCUCGUUGGUGAUGCUGCUCAUGCAAUGACCAUGUUCCGAGGAGAAGGUGCUAAUCAUGCUAUCAUGGAUUCACUCGUACUUGGCGAACAGCUGAUCAAAUUAUACAAGGAUGAGAUCAGUUUGAAGGAAGCACUCGAUGUUUACUACAAGGAAAUGAUACCCCGUGGUCGUAAAGCUGUUCAAGAAUCUCAUGAGGCAGCUUUUACUAUGCAUAAAUCACGUGAAGCGAUCGAAGAAAUGGUUCAAUCCGUUAUCAAGCGACACACCGGACAGGAUCAAAAGGAAUAA